AUGGACAACAACAUGCGUCGGAUAUUAGCCGAAGAUGUGCACAAUUUGACGACCACUCUUGGAAUGAUCAAUACGAGUAUCCAGACCCUGGACUCUCAGACCGAUAGAAUACAUCUUGAACUGGUUGACAAAAUUAUCCAAGGUUGUGAGGAGAUUCUCCGUGGCCUACAGCAGUAUCGCAAAAGUACCUCCAGCUCCCCCAUAGAAAGAUCUCGCGAUCCAAAGAGAAUCCAUGAAGAUAUCUCCCAACAAAACACAAGUCUGCUUCUUGUGCUCGAUAUGCUUUCCAAAGGGAGCAAAGAGAUACCUGACAUUGGAGCAAAAGAUCCAUACAAGAGUGAAGUGUGGGAUCUGGGUCUUAACAGACCAUACAAUCAACUCAACAACUUGUCCGCAUCUGAAGUAAAUGUCACCAGUUUUGAUCCGCCAUCCGUCUCUUAUUUGCGAACUUCGCCAUCUGUUCCAGUUGUGGAGUCUGGAGAUCAGUUCAGCGCUGAAACCCAAGAUAUGGAUCUGCACCAGAAAAUAAGGAAGAUUCUCUCAGAUUUCGGUUUCAUAGAAGAGAGCUUACCCAAACACCACGCCCGAUUGAGGUGGAAAAAUCGACACGGCAAAAGGCUUUACGAUGACUACAUUGAACACGAGCCAGGCUCUAUUGCGGCUGUCCAAGAAUACUUGAACCACUUCACCAUUAAUACAAAGACAACAAUGGCCUCUUUGAAAGGUAGCCAAAACCAGCCCGUUUCUCAAUAUAAUCAGUCUCCAACUACAACUGCCGGUUCAUCACAGACAUAUUCUUCCUCUGCUACAGAUAUCACCAGCCAAUCAUCCAAUUCAUCCAACAGAGCCACAAACAAUGGUUUCCACACAGAUAUUGAGCUAGGGAAUCCAUCGGACCGCGGGCUCUUUCUAUUUUACACUCUAGAAAGAAGGGGCUAUCCCAUGGAAUUGUAUCAUGAUCGUGUCGACUACAUCAGAGAUGACCGGCAACUCUUUCAAAAACUACGCUGGUCUUACAGGAAACACCGAGGACGUUUCAGGUCUAUCUGGUCCCUUCGGACGCUCCGCAGUAUUCAUUUUAUGAAGUUCCUCUACGGCCCCUCAUACGGGGACUUUCGCCCUCAUCCCGAAAUAUGCAUCCCCGGCAACCCGUGUCGUUGCAUCCCGCCCUCAACCCUCGUCCCACCAAAAGGCUCGAAAUAUGACUGCCGGCCGAUCCCUGCAAAGCUCUCGCCACCCAUCGGCCCACGACUAAUGAUGGAUCUAUUCCGUGACCCAGAUAGUCUCAAACCAGGAGCAACGCUGAUAUUGCAGCAAGUUCCGAAGAUAAGGGAUAAUAGACCGAGGUGUGACGUUAGGUAUCAAGAGCAAGACCCUGAUGAGGGGUGGGGUAUUUAUUUUGCGGAGGAUUGGGAUUGGGUCAAGAUAUGGACUGCUCUUGGCCUUUUUUUCUUUCCCCCGAGUCUGCUGUUUGGGGUGCUCUGGGGGAUUUUGAAGAAAGAUGUCCAGGGCGCGUUUGGGAUUGCUGGUUGGUGGAUGACUGGGGCAACAAUUUUAAUUGGGAUUGUAGGGACUCGUACAUAG